AACAACAAAUUCAAAACAGACAAAACACAAAAUAGCCAAAAAAAAAGAAAAAAGAAAAAGAAAGAUAAAAAGAAUGCUCACGACGGAGACCCCCGCUUCAUAACGUCGUCGACCUCCACCAUUUUCCGACAAAACUCAUCCUAUGAUGCCGUUAAACUGUCACAAUCCAACCUUUUCAACUCCUACAUCAUUUUUUUUCUCAAUACUACCAAAGUCCCCUGUCCGAACCCCCAAAAAAAAAUAAAAUUUAACAGUUCCGUACGGGGCCCAACUUAUCCACGUGUCAGCAUCUCCUGCAUCGUCACCAACCUUUUUUCUUCUACAAGACCUUUUAUCAGUUUUUUUUUUAUCCUCCCAUUAACACAGUAAUUUAUCGCACGUGCUUAGCUUCCCUUUUAACGGCGGAAUUCCCUCCCCGUUUCCUUCCUCCUUCCCACCUCCGUUCAAAAACAUUUUUGCAUUAAUUAUCAUUUUUUUGGGGUUCCCUUAUUCAAUAAAACAGGGAACAGAUUGGUUCGGGAAAUAUUAAUUUAAUCUUCUGCGUAUAUAUCCACGAAUCUAAUCCAGCUUUGAAUUUUUUAAAAACCCAUAUACAUCCACCAUGGAGCUCCAUCACAAGUUCAAAUUCCCUUUUCAGUUUAUGCUAUUAAUUUAAUUAAUUAUUUAUAGCCAGCUUAAGCUGUAGUCCCAUCUGAGAUUUUGCCGGUGUUCGGAGAGGCGGUGGGAGGUUGGGGAUGGGGGCGGUGACGUCGUCUAUGGCUGCAAAGUUUGCGUUUUUUCCGCCCAGUCCGCCGUCGUAUGGGGUGGAGGAAGUGGAAGGGACGGGGAAGUUGAGGAUGAUGGAAGUGGCGGAGAGGGACAACGUUGAUGUCCUGAGGCUGCCGACCAAGAGGGGCACUCAGAUUGUGGCGGUGUACGUACGCAAUCCGGCGGCCACCCUUACCUUGCUCUACUCGCACGGGAAUGCCGCUGAUCUGGGACAGAUGUAUGACCUUUUCAGCGAACUCAGCCUUCAUUUGCGUGUCAACUUGAUGGGGUAUGACUAUUCUGGAUAUGGACGGUCUACUGGAAAGCCAACUGAGCACAAUACUUAUGCCGACAUAGAAGCUGCUUAUAGAUGUCUUCUAGAAAAAUAUGGGACGAAGGAAGAAGAUAUUAUAUUAUAUGGACAAUCUGUAGGGAGCGGACCUACUGUGGAUUUAGCAUCGAGAUUACCACGCUUAAGGGCUGUUGUUCUUCACAGUCCGAUUAUGUCCGGGCUUCGUGUUAUGUACCCAGUCAAGCGUACUUACUGGUUUGACAUUUAUAAGAAUAUUGACAAAAUACCGUUGGUUCAGUGUCCUGUUUUGAUAAUCCAUGGAACUGCAGAUGAUGUUGUGGAUUGCUCCCAUGGACAACAGCUAUGGCAACAAUGUAAAGAGAAGUAUGAACCAUUAUGGGUGAAGGGUGGCAACCAUUGUGAUCUGGAGCUUUAUCCAGAGUAUAUUAAGCAUCUGAAAAAGUUUAUCUCAGCUGUAGAGAAAUCUUCACAUUCUAGAAAUGGAUCGAUCACUUCUGCUGAUCUUUCAGAUAAUCCACGUAGUAGCACUGAUUGUAGACCUAGAUCAAGUACAGAUUAUAGGGAAAAGUCUAGACUGAGUACCGAACAGAGGGAGAAACCUAGGUCAGUCUCAGAUUUAAGGGAUAAGUCGAGAUCAAGUGUCGACAAGAAAGAAAGAACUCGAAAAAGUGUGGAUUAUGCGGAAAAAGUGAACGGCCAUGCAGAGCAACCAGAAAAGGCUAGGAACAGUAUUGACCGGUUGGAAUAACUUUGCUGGCUAAGCUUUGCAUUUAGUUUUGUGCCUCAUUUUAUUUUUGUUUUUAAUUUUUUCAAGUUUGGGAUUUUAGUAAACAUGCAAAAGCUUUCUUUCUUGACUAUUAAAUCGGGUGGUGGCAGCUUUGGAGAUAUGAUGAGGUCAGCUGUAUUAUGCAAUAUUGACUGUUUCAAGCCUGCAGGAGCAAAGGUAUGAAAUUGUAUUAAAGGUCAGUUUUAAAUGUUUGUUUAGUAAUGUCUCAGUCCCUAUAUAGUCUUAAUUGCUUGCCAUCUUUCGAUCUUGCUCCAUGGACUGUAGAAAGUUGAGGUUAUAUGCUUUAUACCUGUUAAGCUAUCUCAAGGGUAAGAUAUUCCGGUUCAUGCAUGCAAUCUUUCUGCUUCUAAAUACCAGUGAUUUUGGUGAAUUCCGUUCUAGGUUUGUUUCCUGUGGUAGCACUAUUUUAGUUACUCUAUAUGUGAGGCACUGUGAAUGACUCAUCAACCAUUAAUUCUGUGAUCUGGUUCUCUCUACAGAGAUAGAAAUAGAUUACAUACAGCCACUAACGGACACUUGUGUGUAACUUUUGCGAAAUAUAAAAUAGCUGCUCGGUGGUGAUUCUCUAGUUCUCUCCUUGAUAUAUGUGUUUCGUGUCCUAUAGGAGAUGCAUACGCAAGCUUGAUUUAGCUCCAAAGCUGCCACUCUCAACAUUUAGGUCACGGAAGUGGUCCAUGUGCCCUCGAUGUUGUUGCUAGCAUGGAUUCCAUGUACAAUUUUUGCUGGAAAUGUCAAUAUGGGAGCUACCCAAUGGAUAAGGAGGUGGAGAUUGACAGUGGAUGAGUAGUACAAAGGUUGCCUGUGUUUCGAUUGAAACUCGUGUUGUGCAGUUUGUUUGAUUGCCUACCAAAGUUGUUUAGACAAUUGGAUUUGAAAGAGAUUUCAGGAUUAAAUGGGUUGGGGGCUUGUACACUUGGGUAGCUAGCUAAUUUGUCAUCUUCAUUUUCUUUCUUUUUGCCCUUUUAAAACUAGUUUUGGUGGGCUGGAGAAUGUAGCAGAAGUUUUUUGGGUGCUGUGUAGGGGAAGCGGGGCACUUGAAGUUUUCCAUACACAUUGUAUAAAUUCCACUUCUUUGCUUCUCUAGAAAAAAGAAAUGGUUCUACCCUAAAAGGAGCAUUUUAACUACCACAGUAACUAUAAUCCAACCGAAGCUAAGAAUCAACAAAAGCAAACAUUGUUUCUUUGAAUCUUUUCCUAGGAGGAAAGUUUCUCCAAUGAAUUCCUUAGAAACAAGUACAACGUAGAAUAAAC